UAAUGCGCAUGCGCAUCAUUCUCACACGCUUCAGAUUGCAGUAUUUUGCGUUAUGUCCGCGGAAUCAUUCUGUUUCAUUAAAUAAUGUAAAUCGACAAACCUGAUUGAUUAUGUUGUUUGACCUGUGCGACUAAAACCAGCGAAGCAGCAGUGAAGAUGGUGAGACUGCCAUGGGACCAAACACACCUGUAUGACUGCGCUCAGAAUAGUGCACAAAAAUCAGUUCUUGGAUAUAAUGGAUCACAUCUACAGAAGACCUGAACUUCAAAGAGUGUUAAGAGUGCUAAACCAAAAGGAGGACCGAGAUCUGCAACGUAAGCUAAACACGUUGGAUAAACAGCACCGAUACGCCCAGAAAAUGCUUCAACAGCGAAGGGACAAACUGCUAAAUGAAGCAAGACGGGUGGUGAUGGUACAAGUCUGUGAACCAAAAGCUACAGUCAGCAUCGCUAUAACAGAAAUCGCCGAGUAUGAAAGAAAUGGAGACGCAAACUUCUCCAGGGCGAUAUACACAUCUGCUGGACGAUUGCGUUCUAGCAAAUCCAUCUGUGAAGGAUCUAAACUCGUGGAACGAGGUCGGUCUAUAUCGGCACCACCACCAUCCACUAAACCCACAAGUUCUGUGAGACACAAAGGGAAAGUCCAGAGCAACCUGUCACUUAUGCAGAUGAAAAAGAUUGCAACUAUUGACUCAAUAUCAGAAAAAGAGCUGGCCAGGCAACAGCAGAAAGCCCAAGAGGAAAUGGAAAGGCUGAGACUGCUUCAGAGAGAGAUGUUACACAAGAAGGUGAUGGAAUUUAUAGAGAAGCUGAAAGAUAAAAAAGACAUGGAGGUUGUUACGAAACUUUCGUAGAGGAAUUCGAAAGUUGGGAAACUUUUACUUUUUCACAACUCAAUAUCUUAAAAAAGUAUUUUUUAUUAGUUGUUUGAUGUGCAACAAACUCCAUGACUGUGCUGAAACUGAAUCUCUAAAGAAUGUGCUGCUGAAAAAUUACUGCACACUUACUGACAACCGCUUGCACUAGACACACUUUACAAUGGGCUAUUGUAUUACAUGUGCUGAGACAGCCAUGGCAACAAGCAUACCUGUAUGACUGUGCUCAACGCAACAGUGUGCAAAAAAAUAAAUAAAUUAAAUAAAAUAGAUUUUUUUCAUUUCUUUAUUAGAAAGAGGGACAAUACAUAUUAUUGAACAUUUUAACAAAUGUAAAUAAGCCAGAUUAUAGCCUAAUUUCCAUCUGUAGACCCUCUGGCAGGUUGAUGUUACACACAAGUUAAUAGCAACAUACAGAGACACUAUUUACAGACCAUGUACUGUAUAUAGAGACAAAGACAAAAAACAGUGAUCACAUCACGAAUAUGACUUUUAUUGCCUGAAUUUUAAGCCUUUUUGCUUGAA